UUUUCUCGUUUGCAUCACUGUGACACAAGUAUGCAAUAUGAUUAUGAUGGUCAUCGCACUCUACUAACAUCGUGUUCAGCUAUGUUAUGUUAUCAAUCAUAGAGUACAUGGACCCAAUCCUUGGCCAUACAUCAAGUGAGUAUCACAACUUUGAAACAAUCUUUCACGGUACAAGAACUUUCAGAUCCAAGGUCUCGCGAUCCCUCGCCUUACGACUCGCUGUAGACCAGUAUAAAGAAUCUGUAAAUCAUGUCUUAUUGUGCGUCUUGAAUUUCGACGCCCGUGCUCUCCAAGGUCAGAAAGGACGACGACGACAAGAUCGAUUAUUUGCGCUGAUAAUUGUAUUUUUGCCAUGCUUACUAGCAGCACCUUCACACAGCGCAUUUCACCGUCUUUCUACGUUCAACCUCUCGCCUACAAUGUCUGUCCUUUUUUUCUGCGCGUCAUUCCCGACAAAGUGGACGUUCCAGGAAAAUGAUAGUACAUGGCUAUCUGUUCUGUUAGGGCGGUCGGGGAGGCAGAUGUCCCUUGAGUCCCGAUCUGAUAUCCAUCAUUAUGGUAGUCAUCCAUGUUGAUUAUUGGUCUGCGACACCCUCAUGCCAAUGUACAAUCUUUGGACAGCAAAGGAUGAUAGGGACAUGUGAUAUUUACUCAUCGAAAGACAAGGUGAUGCCAAGUUGUCCCACUCCCGAAAAUUCUACGGGACCAACUACAGUUGCAGGAAAUGAAGUGACGAGACUUUAGUCCGAUACACAUGCAUAUAUGAUACCUA